UCUUCAGAAUCGGUGUGAAAUCACGAAAGGGACGAUAGCGCAAUCCUCGCCCUCGAACCUGUUCUAUUGAGAUUCAACUCCGGCUUUUGGUACCGCUGCCCGCGCCUCUUCAGCCAUGGCUCCCAGCGCGCCCAACUCGGCCGCCGCCGCCCCCGCCAAAAAGACAUCAGUCCCCGAGAAGAAAUACAAAUGCCAAUUUUGCAAUCGCGCCUUCAGUCGAAGUGAACAUCGCAGCAGACACGAACGAUCGCAUACCAAAGAGAGACCCUUCAAAUGCUUGAAAUGUCGAAGCACCUUCGUGCGUCGAGACCUCCUUCUUCGUCAUGAUCGUACAGUCCACGCCAAGGAUGGUGGGAUCCCGUUGGUGUCCGAAGGCAGGCGACGUGGUGGCGCAGGUGUGCGGAAAUCUUCCCCCGCCUCGGGCCCCGCCAGCAAACCCUCGAUCACCAUCGACCCGACCACACUGGAACAGAUUGAGGCAAGCAGUGACGGUAUGGUCGAUCUUGAAACCGCAGCCAUGUUGAUGACAGAUUUCCAACAUAAGGCCGCAGCCGCCGCGACUGGCCAAACCAACGAUCGUGCUGAAUCCGAUCGCUCGUUCUCUCCCGGACGCGGUUCGCUAUUAGAGCCUUCUGUGGGAUAUAUGUCCGGAAAUGCAACGUUACCACAAAUGCCGUGGGACACUCUCGUCUCGCCCGCGGACGCAAAGCACUCCAUGGGAUCGCCUUUCGCGUCCCACGAGGGUGGACCCGAUUCGCAUCCACUUCCGUCGGUGAUGGAUCGGCACGGUCCCGUAGGCGAUGGUCUGGCUCCCUCGCUCCACUCUCUGGUCAAUUCGCUCCCCAUGUCGGGAACCUCGACGCCGAAUGCCCUGUCCCCGUACCCUUCGAUGACGGGCCCCGUCAGCCCUGUGAAUUACCGUAGAUCCCCCGGCCCCAGCCAGGCUUUGACGUUGCCCAAGGCUCCUCAAAUCGCUAGCGAAACCGAGCGGAACAUGAUUGUCGAUCGCCUAGAGAACGCGGACUCUCUUGGUGUCCUGCCCGACUCAUUUCAGCUACCCCCCACAUCCGCCUUGAACAAGUACCUGUCGACGUAUUUCAACCUGUACCACCCCCAUCUGCCCUUUUUGCACCAGGAGUCGUUCCAGCCAGUCGAUGUCUCGGCGCCCUUGCUCCUUGCGGUUCUCUCGAUCGGUGCUCUGUAUACUUUUGAGCGGAAGGACGCGUUCAUGCUUCACGUGGGAUCCAAGAUGCUGGUCAACCAAUUCUUGCAACACAAGGAGAACUUCGACUCGAGGAAAUGUCCUCUGUGGGCGAUGCAGAGCACCCUCCUGAACAUGAUCUUCGAGAGCUGGAGUGGCGACCCCAAGGGACUUGAGUGGACCUGCUCUAUCAAGAGUCUUCUGGCGAAUAUGGUUGCUGGAAACCGUUAUCAAUUGAAGCUUCGCACUGAGGGUCGUGAGGGCCUUCCUAGCCGGGAGGAGUGGAUCGAGGAUGAGUCUUGCCGCCGUACCUAUUAUGCGGUGUACAUUUUCUUCGGCAUGCUCACCUUGACUUUCAACCACACCCCAGCCAUGAGCUUCGACGAAUUCGACAACCUCGAGCUGCCUUCCUCCGAGUCGUUGUGGAACCUCGAUGUGACCGAUGACGACGCCUGGCGCCGUAACUUGGCUAACGCUUCCACCUUGACCGUCCGAGAAGCGCACGACUGUCUUUUCCAGGGCGAGCAGACCCGGUACAGCGCAUUCGCCACCCGCGUUCUCAUCAACGCCCUGUUCCUUCAGGUUUGGAACCACAAGCGCAGCUUCGAGGCUCUCCAGGACGUGGUCACCGAGUACAAGCUUCGUCUCGCCUUGGAGACGUGGGAAAGCUCCCUCGAAGUGUGCGAACCCGAGACGAUUGUGGUACCCCUCAGUACCCCUCAGAAGGGUCACCCAUUGAUCUUCAACUCGAUGGCGGUCUACCGGAACACCCGCGCUCGCCUGGAAGUGGAUCUCAAGUCGAUCCAGGAGGCGCUGCGUUACCACUCAUCGUACGAGGUGGCUGCUGCCAUGACCGUGGCUCGCGAGAAGGUCAAGCGGUCUCAGGAGAUGAACAAGGUCAUUCAAUCCUGUUUCGAAUGCAUCGAAAUUGCGGCCGUUCAAGGAAUCAACUGGGUGGCGCAGACGUCUGCCACGAACUGGAGCGUCGAGCACCCCCUGUGUGGCUUGGAUUUGAUGGUGAUCCUCAGUCUCUGGCUCUAUCGCCUGGAACAUGACGAAGAGCCGGCGACCGAGGCCGAAAUUGCCAUCUACAACAAGGUGCGGAAUUUGUUUGAUGACGACGCCAUCGACGCUUUUGGUAAACUCAGCUCUACCGUGGCCCGUGUAUGGGGUAAUAUCCUAGACGGUGUGGUAGUUUGGGGCAUUACCAAGCUCAUGGGCGAGUCAUUCAAACUUCAUUCCCAAGCCUUGAUCGGCUACGAAGAUUCGUUGCGCGUUGCGAAGGACCAGCCUAUCCAUGCAAUGCCCACCAAGACGCUGGCCAGUGUGGGGACGGCAUACUAGUGCCGCACACAUGUGCAACGGGCGAGGUGACACGGUUCGCCUCCGACAUAUACACUUCUUUACAUUCCUUCAACAUUAUCUUUGGGACACUGGAUUUCGGUUUAGGGUCGGGAACGGAUGCGCAAGUCUGGGCGGCAAGAUGUGAUUUCCGGUGAUGAACUCAACCGCCGCAUAAUGAUUCCUUGCUGGCGUUCCCCGGCUCCUUUUUCUUC